UACCCAGUCAAUUCCCUCCUUCCCGUUGUGCCUUGCGGGGGACGCUGUGUACCCAGCAGCCACUUGGGCGCCAGUCUAGCCUCUCCACCCCGGCCCGGCUUUCGUGGCCGCUAUCCCGCCUGUGAACCGAGGUACUACUGGUUGUCAGGGAUCUGAGUAAACCUCAGUGGGGAACCUGCCGCGAAGAUGGAGGGCCCUUUGUCCGUGUUCGGGGACCGCACCACUGGGGAAGCGAUCCACUCCCAGAACGUUAUGGCUGCAGCUUCUAUUGCAAAUAUUGUAAAGAGUUCUCUUGGUCCAGUUGGCUUGGAUAAAAUGUUGGUAGACGAUAUUGGUGAUGUAACCAUUACUAAUGAUGGUGCCACCAUCCUGAAGUUACUGGAAGUAGAACAUCCUGCAGCUAAGGUUCUUUGUGAGCUGGCUGAUCUGCAAGACAAAGAAGUUGGAGAUGGAACUACCUCAGUGGUAGGUGGGACAGUGGCUAAAGAAUAGACAUUUCAUCAUAGUUGUAGCCCUGAGUGAGUCACUUGCUC